GAAAAAAGAAAAUCUUAAUCAAAUAUAUGAUGUUGCUUCUCUCUAGGAUAAGGCAGUACCGCCGCCUAGAGUAGUUCCGAUUUUUCCCUUCUUCGGUUCAGCCUUCCUUUUGGUGUGAAACGGAAGGAGGCGGUGCUGUUUUCAUUAACCAAAUUCGAACAAACUUUCGGAUUUGUCUUUGGUUUUGGCUUUUCUCGGUUUGGCUUUUGAGACGAACGAAGUUCAUUUGCAGGGGCAGUUGAGCAAUCAGUUUUUCUCAAAGAGGCAUAUCGGCGGACGAAGUCUUCAACUAUGGAAGAUGUGGUAGAGCAGUAUAGACGCUUGGCUUUGGAGAAAGAAAAUAGUAGUUUGAUUUUUGAUGAUGAUGAGGAAGAAACUACCAUUCCAAAGGCGAAGGCGGAGGAGUUUCCGGUGGUGGGAGUUAUUAUCACUGACCGGAAAGUCAGAUUUCAGGCAGUACAGGAACUGGUUGUAUCUCUCUGGAGGCCAGGAAGAGGAAUGAAGGUUCAAGAAAUUGAGGAAAAGAGGUAUCUCUUCACUUUUAAUCAUAAAAUUGAUAUGAGUCGUGUUAUAGAGGAUGGCCCUUGGCUAUUUGAGCGAAAUCUGUUACUGCUUAAGGCGGUUGGACCUAAUGAUAUACCACAUAAAAUGGACUUAUUUGAAGCAGAGCUCUGGGUGCAAGUGCACAAUGUGCCAUAUAAGUUUAUGAAUGUUGAUACUGCAAGAAGGGUGGGUAAUUAUAUUGGGGAAUUCAUUAGUUUUGAUGAAAGCCACUUCAAGGAGAAAUGGCAUUCUUACUUGAGGGUUAGGAUAAAGUUGGAUGUAAGAAGGCCCCUAAAAAAGGGCUCUACUUUGACUAAGGGAGGGGAAGGACAUUGGGUAGAUUUUAAAUAUGAAAAAUUGCCAAGCUUCUGUUUCAUUUGUGGGAUUAUGGGACACUCUGAGAAAUUUUGCCCAUUGAAAUAUGUGGAGGAUCUCGUUUUGGAGAAAAACUUUAGUGCUGAUCUUAGAGCAGGUGGUGGGGGAAAGAUUAGCCCCACGAGGGGUGGUAUGUGGUUGGGUGAUAAGCAGGGAGGUCCGAGCCGACACUGGAGGACUCAACAAGAUGAAGAAGGUACUAUGAGACAGGGACGUAAGGGAAGUAUAGCUGAGUCAGAGAGUAGUGGCACAAAGGAAGAGAUUAGAAGCGGUGCAGGGGAGGUCACGGUGGAUCAAAAGCGCAGGAGAGUCUGGAAGGAGCCGGCAGAGGAAAACAACUCAGGAAAGGAGAUGGCACUGGACAGCACAAAAAACGGGGAGGAGGCGGGUCUCAACUUCUAGGCCCGCCUGAUGUGUUCGUGAAGCUACAGGUGCAGAAGUUACACAAUGGUGCUUAUUUUGUUAUUGCUUGUUUUGUUUUGUUUGAUGGUCAGACUAUUGUUUUUGUUUUUGUUUUUCGUUAUGGUUAUUUUUGUAAGACUCUUGCAUUAGGCUCGGGUGAUGAGUGUGCUGCAGUAACCAUUGUUGGCUCAAUUAUGCCCAGUUUAGGAUCAGCGAGUUAUACUGCUUUUGUGAAGGUGGUUAACUCAGAGUCUGGCCCAAGGGCGGAUGAUUAUUGGUGGUACUCUUGUUAUUUCAGAUCCUUGCUGAAUGCUUUUAUUCUAAUAUAAGCCCCCUUCAUUCAAAAAAAAAAUGCCAUGCAAUAAAGAAGUUAUGUAUGACUGAGUACGG